GAAUUCCAAGAGGUCAUGCAUAUUGCUUUCUACAUCCCGUUGAGGGUACAUUUCUCUUUAUCCCAACUUUCUUAUCACUUUGUUUAUCGUCACAUCUUUUGUUUCCUAGGUCUGCUUGUGGGAACCCUUGAUGUGGUUUUGGAUUCCAGUGCUAGAGUUGCCCCUUACCGGAUCCUGCACCAGACUCUGGACUCACAAAUCUAUUGGGCAGUGGCAUGUGGUUCAUCUCGUAAGGAGAUUACAAAACAUUGGGAAUGGCUAGAGAAUAACUUGCUGCAGACUCUCUCCAUCUUCGAUAAUGAGGAAGACAUCACCACUUUUGUCAAGGGCAAGAUACAUGGCAUUAUUGCUGAGGAGAACAAGAAUCAGCAGCCCCAGGGUGAAGAGGAUCCAGGCAAAUUUAAGGAGGCUGAACUCAAGAUGCGAAAACAGUUUGGGAUGCCUGAGGUGGAGAAGCUAGUCAAUUACUAUUCUUGCAGCUACUGGAAAGGGCGUGUUCCCAGGCAGGGCUGGCUGUAUCUGACUGUCAAUCACCUCUGUUUCUACUCCUUUCUGCUGGGCAAAGAAGUGACCCUUGUAGUCCAGUGGGUGGACGUGACACAGCUGGAAAAAAAUGCCACACUGCUGUUCCCUGAGUGCAUUAAAGUGAAUACCAGGGACAGCGAGCUUUACUUCUCCAUGUUCCUCAACAUCAAUGAGACCUUCAAGCUGAUGGAACAGCUGGCUAAUAUUGCCAUGAGGCAGCUAUUGGACAACGAGGGCUUCCUGGAGGACAAGUCCCUUCCCAAGCCCAGCAAGCCUCUAAAGAACAUUUCUGCACUCAAAAGAGAUCUGGAUGCUCGAGCCAAAAAUGAUUGGUACCGUGCCACCUUCCGGCUGCCCAAGGAUGAACGCCUGGAUGGACAUACAGACUGCACCUUGUGGACUCCGUUUAACAAGAUGCACAUCCCUGGCCAGAUGUUUGUUUCCAACAAUUACAUCUGUUUUGCCAGCAAGGCAGAGGAGGCCUGUCAUCUCAUCAUUCCACUCAGGGAGGUGGCAAUUGUUGAGAAAGCAGACAGUUCCAGUGUCUUGCCUCGCCCUCUCUCCAUCAGCACCAAAAAUAAAAUGACCUUCCUCUUUGCCAACUUGAAGGACCGAGAUUUCCUGGUACAGAGAAUCUCUGACUUCUUGCAGAAAACGCCAUUAAAGAAAUCAGGUGACAGUGGCAGAAAGUGGAAGGAGAACUUCAGUGUCACUGGAUGUGAGGAAUUUCCAGAGCUGUCUUCCAGCAGUCCACCUGCAGUCAGCCCAACCUCUGCUCUCAACAAACAAUUGGCCAGCUUCUGUACAGGCGAGGUGCCAACAGCCUCCCAGGGGCUACUCAAACUCUUCAGGAAAAACUCCGAGGAGCUCUUGGGACCCAAAGGGGCGAAGGAGAAGAUGAAGGAAGAGUCAUGGAAUAUUCAUUUUUUUGAGUAUGGGCGAGGAAUGUGUAUGUAUCGCACAGCCAAGACCCGUGAACUGGUACUAAAAGGGAUCCCAGAGAAUCUUCGUGGGGAGUUGUGGCUCUUGUUCUCAGGGGCCUGGAAUGAGAUGGUGACCCUUCCAGGGUACUAUGCAGAGCUGGUGGAAAAGUCAAUGGGGAAAUACAACCUUGCCACAGAGGAAAUUGAGCGAGACCUGCACCGUUCCAUGCCAGAGCACCCUGCCUUUCAGAAUGAGUUGGGGAUUGCUGCUCUUCGGAGGGUUCUGACAGCUUACGCAUUCCGAAACCCCACAAUCGGGUACUGUCAGGCCAUGAACAUCGUGACAUCGGUACUGUUGCUGUACUGCAAUGAGGAAGAGGCUUUCUGGCUGCUAGUGGCUUUAUGUGAGCGUAUGCUGCCAGAUUACUACAACACCAGGGUAGUGGGUGCAUUAGUGGACCAAGGCAUAUUUGAGGAGCUUACACGCGACUACCUUCCACAGCUGUCAGAGAAGAUGCAGGAUUUGGGAGUGAUUUCUACCAUCUCUCUUUCCUGGUUCCUCACUCUCUUCCUCAGUGUCAUGCCCUUUGAGAGUGCUGUGGUUAUUGUUGACUGCUUCUUCUAUGAAGGCAUCAAGCUUAUCUUGCAGGUGUCUCUGGCCAUCCUGGAUGCCAACAUGGAGAAGCUGCUAAACUGCUGUGAUGAAGGCGAAGCCAUGACUGCCCUGGGCAGAUACCUGGACAAUGUAGUUAAUCGACAGAGUAUUUCCCCACCUAUUCCACACCCACAUGCCUUACUCACAAGUGGAGAUGAGCCACCGCUUGAAAUUGAUAUCUUUGAACUCAUCAAAGCAUCCUAUGAGAAAUUCAGCAACUUGAGGGCCGAUGACAUUGAGCAGAUGCGCUUUAAGCAAAGAUUGAAGGUGAUCCAGUCUCUGGAGGACACAGCCAAGAGGAGCGUGGUCCGAGCUAUAUCUGGUGAUAUUGGUUUUUCUAUGGAAGAACUAGAAGAGCUUUAUAUGGUGUUCAAGGCAAGACACCUGAUGAACUGUUACUGGGGGGGCAGCCGCACUGCAACCGCCCACCGAGAUCAGAGCUUGCCCUACCUGGAGCAGUAUCGCAUUGACCUGGAGCAGUUCAGAGAGCUCUUUGCCAGUCUGACCCCCUGGUCCUGUGGCCUCCACACUCCUGUGCUGGCAGGGCGAAUGUUCCGACUUCUAGAUGAGAACAGGGACUCUCUCAUUAACUUCAAGGAGUUUGUUACAGGGAUGAGUGGGAUGUACCAUGGCGACCUGACUGAGAAGCUUAAACUACUUUACAAAUUACACCUGCCUCCGGCUCUGAUCUCAGAAGAGGCGGAGUCUGCUUUGGAGGCCACAAGUUAUUUCACAGAGAAUACCCCAACAGAAGUAUCUCCUUUUGUCUCAGAGCUGGAUUUCUUCUUGCACUGUGAGUCUCAAGAAGCAGCUACUCAGGAAGACAGAGAAGGGAGAAGUGGAGACUCUAAAGAAAAAGAGGAGAAGGGUACCAGCCCCCAAGAUUACAGAUACUACCUGCGGAUGUUGGCCAAGGAAAAGAAUUCCAAGAAAGAAAACAUCAAGGAUCUCCCCAAAAUAAACCAGGAGCAGUUUAUAGAGUUAUGCAAGACCCUUUACAACAUGUUCAGUGAGGACCCAGUGGAACAAGAGCUAUACCAUGCCAUUGCCACUGUAGCUAGCCUCCUCCUACGAAUUGGGGAGGUUGGGAAAAAGUUCUCCAACCGACCCAUGAAGAAGGCUGAAGACUAUAAAGCAAACAAUACCCAGGAUGCUGUGAGUGAAGAGGCGUCACCAAUGUCUGAACACAGUCAAAAUUCAACAGUGGAACAACAACCCCAAGUUGACCCCGAAGCCCAGCAGGAAAAACAAACUCUUGGAGAUGGGGAUGGUGGAGAAGGACUAGGAUCUCCCAUACAGCUCCUGUCAGAUGAUGAAACCAAAGACGAUAUGUCUAUGUCUUCCUAUUCCAUGGUCAGCACGGGUUCUCUGCAGUGUGAAGAUAUUGCAGAUGACACAGUCCUGGUUGGUUGUGAAGCUAGCAGUUCAGCGGCGAGAUAUGGCAGCACCAUUGACACUGACUGGUCUAUCUCCUUUGAACAGGUCUUGGCUUCCAUGCUUACAGAGAUUGCCCUGGUAAACUACUUUGAGAAGAAGGUCGACAUUGGCCUGAAGAUAAAGGAGCAGAAGAAAGUAGAGAGACAGUUUAGCUCAUCCAGUGACUAUGAGCUCUCCUCCUCAUUGUCAGGCUGAACUCAAGGAGAGCAGUCAUGUCUCAGGAGAUGAAGGGUGAGGCUAUAGAAUCAGGCAGAUGCAAGAGUUUGUUGUAUUUUUUACCGAGACCAAUAACUGCAGAACAACUACAGUAGAUUCUGCUGAGUAAGUGGCUUGUCACAGUGGCUGUUGAACA